CAUCCAACACAGAUACGAGGUGCACGUCUAUGGAGUAUACACAGAUGAUGAGCGUCCCGAAUCACAUCGACAAAGCAAAACCCGCAACUCCUGCACUGCUGUACGGGUUCCAAACUUUAAUCUCAUCCGCGUGAGACAUCUUUCUGCACGGGUAUUGAAAGGAGAAGACGGGAAGUCUACACAGUCAGUUGACACAAGGGCAGCUUUGUUUAUUUAUCUAUCUAUCUAUUUAUUUAUUUAUUUAUUUAUAUAUCAAAUGCGCUGUUAAAUGAUUUUUCCGGAUUGCAUAUUACUGCGUAUUGGACUCGUCCGGGAGUGCACGCGCGGACUGCUGACUAAUGUCACGCGCCGUAUUUUUUUCCGCCGCCACCGUUCACACUUCUCCACAACACCGAGCGCUGAGAUUUGGAAAACUGGGAAUUGAUCGGGAAGCUACUGAACAACCCAGCACUUAUAGAAGCACUUUCAGGAGGUGAGGAAAGUCCUGGGAGAAUGUGGAGUCGUGGGGUGAAGCAUGAGCUGCCGGUGUGUUGCUUUUAGACUGGCGUGUCUCAUGUGUCCAUGGGAGUGUAUUUUACUAAGCCUCCACUGCUGGGUUUUAGCCUCGGCCACAGGCUCGCGGGAUGCUGCUGGCCCAUUCGGCUGGCUCCUUUCAGACAAAGGGCCUUUUCAUCAGUCACAGGAAUUUACGGAGUUUGUGGAGCGCUACCAACAGGGCUUCACCACCAGGUACAAAAUUUACAGAGAGUUCGGACGCUGGAAGGUGAACAGCUUGGCUCUGGAAAGAGAAGACAAUGGCAUUGCUUUGCCCCUCGACCCAGAGUUCAUGCAGAUCAUCAGGCAGCUGGGCCGCCGUCCCACCCUCAGUGCCAUCACCGAGAACAUCAUCAAGAAAUAUGGAACACACUUCCUGCUGUCAGCUACUUUGGGAGGUGAAGAGGCUUUAACUAUUUUUGUAGACAAGAGGAGACUGAGCCGCGCUGCCGACCCGACUGACUCCAAUAGCACAGCUGUGACUCUGGAGGCACUCCACCAGCUGGCUGCCUCCUACUUUAUAGACAGAGAGAGCACACUGCGCAAACUACACCACCUCCAGAUCGCCUCGACUGCCAUCAAGGUUACAGAAACAAGGACGGGCCCUCUAGGAUGCAGUAACUAUGACAACCUGGAUUCUGUCAGUUCGGUUCUGGUUCAGAGUCCUGAGAACAAGAUUUAUUUACAAGGGCUUCAGGCUAUUCUGCCUUGGUACCUGAAGAGCCGAUUUGUCCAGGCAGCCCUCAGCUACGUCAGCUGCCACUCAGAGGGCCAAUUUAGGUGCAAGGACAAUGAAUGUUGGUGCGAGUGCAGUGUGGAUUUCCCUCAGUGCAACUGUCCCACUGAGAACCUGGAGGCCAUGCAGGACAGCCUGAGGCACAUCAGAGAGUCCUGGGUCCAAGCCAACCAUGAGUUUGAAGAAUCAGAAGAGUUCCAGAAUUUUGUGCGAAGAUUACCGACAUUCUACGCUCUCAACACAUCUGCUAUAAGGUACUUUUGGAAAAUGGACCCGGCUGUACACCAACGCUUUCAGCUGCUGGAGACUAGCACUCAACAGCUCCUCGGCAAAGCACAGCGUAUUGUCAGCAAGCUUUUCACUCUCAGCAAGAGAUGUCGAACUCAGCCCAAAAUAUCUGUGCCCAAAAAGAGGUCUCACAGCUACUGGCUGAACUACAUCCUUUCUCUCAUGUACUGCAGUGAAAAUAAUCAGUUAGGCACGUAUAUGGAAGAGAGGAGGGCCUGCUCCUGUCAGCAUGAGACCCCAUCCUGCCAAGGUGUCAUCCCAUGCAUGGUGGGUGAGGGGCCACUUUGUUCUUCCUGCUCCUAUGAGAAUCGAUCACGGUGUGCCAGCUGUAACUCAGGUUAUAGUCUGAGUCAAGGACUGUGCAGGAACAUCAUCCCUGACUCCACUGAUAAUUACAUAGGUUUUGAGACCGAUCUCCAAGACCUAGAGUUGCGGUAUCUCCUCCAGAAGCGAGACAGCCGAAUCAGCAUCCACGCCAUGUUCAUUAGCAAUGAUGUGAGGCUCAACAACUGGUUUGACCCUUUGUGGAGGAAGAGGAUGCUCCUGACACUGAAAAGCAACAAGUUUAAGUCCAGUCAUGUGCACAUGCUUUUGGGGAUUUCCCUCCAGAUCUGCCUUACUAAGAACAGCACCUUGGAACCUGUGUUGUCUAUCUACAUCAACCCAUUUGGAGGGAGUCACUCAGAGAGCUGGAUCAUGCCCAUAGACCAGAACAAUUACCCUGACUGGGAGAGGACCAAGUUAGAUAUUCCUCUUGACUGUUAUAACUGGACGCUCACUCUGGGGAACAAAUGGAAGACAUUUUUCGAGACUGUACACAUAUACCUGAGGAGCCGUGUCAGAACAGCCUCAGUAAAUGGAAACAGCACAAUCUAUUAUGAGCCAUUGGAAUACAUGGAUUCCUCAAGGAAUCUGGGUUAUAUGAAAAUCAACAGCAUGCAGCUGUUUGGAUACAGCAUGCACUUUGAUCCUGAAGCAAUCCAGGACUUGAUCCUCCAGCUGGACUAUCCGUACACACAGGGAUCACGGGAUUCAGCUCUGCUGCAGCUGCUAGAGAUACGAGACCGAGUUAACAGACUGUCUCCACCAGGCCAGCAGCCCCUGGACCUGUUCUCCUGCUUACUGCGCCAUCGCCUCAAACUGUCCACUAAUGACGUGGUCCGAAUUCAGGCUGCUUUGCAGGCCUUCAGUGCUAAGCAGCCCAACUCAAUGGAGAACAUUAAUCAUGACUUUCAGCGGACAACCGGAGUCCAUGCAUUGCCUUUUUUAUUUUCAAACUACACUCAUGGUUUAUAGUAUUUCAGUAGUAAUGUGCUUGAAUUAAAUUUUCAUACCACUGAUUAUUAUUAUUAGAGUAAAUUAAAUGUAAAUCAUUGGAAUUUAGCUUUUGCUUCACAGUAUACUUUUAUUUCCUCACUCAUGUGCAUAACAGACAGUACUUAUGUAAAUCAGUGUAAUCUGACCAUCCUUCUGAGAUGAAUCCAGAUCUCUUCAUCUGUACAGCUCUAUCUGUCAAUCCUGUAACACUCGCAUAUAACUGUAUAUGCUUCAGCAGCAGUUGAGUUUAAUGGUAGAAAUAUUUCUCAGAUAUUUGUACAAAUGCAUUAUGACUAUAGGAAUAAUUUUGUUUAAAAAAAAAAAGAGAGAGACAUGUCCUAACUAUAUGUUCUGUGUGCUUUUAUAUUUAUAAACAUAUUAUUUGUGAAAUAUUACAGAGGUAAUGUUGAUAAAAUUGUACAGAACAUGGGUUUGUUAAUACACUAAAUAAAUGACAUUUUUAUG